AUGGUGCGUGGAGCAAAGAAAGCUAUUGCUGUCGGAGUUGCGGUGGCAGUUGCAUGCGGUCUCCAGAAGCACUUGAAUUUUGUGCCUGGGCCUCGGCAUGCUGCUCCAGUGGCCGCAGCAGCCGCCAGUAUGAUGAUGGCUCCUGCGGCUUUUGCUGAUGAGAUCGGCGAUGCUGCAAAGAAACUUGGGGAUGCCUCCUACUCUUUCGCCAAGGAAGUGGACUGGAACAACGGCAUUUUCCUGCAGGCCCCAGGCAAGUUUCAGCCCUUGUCAGCUUUGAAAGCCAUUGACAAGAUGAUCGAAAUGGGAGCAGCCGCAGACCCCAAGCUUCUGAAGGAGGCAGCAGAAGCACAUCACAAGGCCAUUGGGAGCAUCAGCGGGCCAAAUGGUGUGACUUCGCGCGCUGACUGGGAUGCCGUGAAUGCAGCCCUUGGCCGUGUAGUGGCUUCGGUCCCCAAAGCAAAGGUCAUGGCCGUUUACGAUUCAGUGAAAGCCAUCACGGACCCCGGAGUGCCAGCUUACAUGAAGUCCUUGGUGAAUGGACCCGAUGCCGAGAAGGCCUACCAAGGAUUCCUGGAAUUCAAGGAUGUUGUUGAAAAGAACCAGGUGACCACCGCCAGUGCUCCUGCAGUUGUGCCUUCCGGGGACAAAAUUGGUGUAGCUGCAAAGGCGUUGUCCGAUGCAUCCUAUCCUUUCAUCAAGGACAUCGAUUGGCUGUCGGACAUUUACCUGAAGCCGCUGCCCGGCAAGACUGCCCCAGAGACGCUGAAAGCCAUUGACAAGAUGAUUGUGAUGGGCGCCAAGAUGGAUGGCAACCUCUUGAAGGCGGCAGCAGAGGCACACCACAAGGCCAUUGGCAGCAUUGAUGCCACCGGCGUGACGUCUGCGGCCGACUACGAAGCUGUGAAUGCAGCCAUUGGUCGCUUGGUGGCAUCCGUGCCGAAGACAACUGUGAUGGAUGUGUACAAUUCUAUGGCCGGCGUUGUUGAUUCCACUGUCACCAACAACAUGUUCUCGAAGGUGAAUCCAUUGGAUGCAGUGGCUGCGGCCAAGGGCUUCUACACCUUCAAAGAUGUUGUGGACGCAAGCUGCAGCGCCAUCAUUAUUGUCAUCGCUGUUGUGCCGGGCACCAAGCCCAGCACCGUUGCGGCCGACGGCUCUGCGGCGGGUCCGGUCACGAAGACGGAAGGCGAGUCGCAGCAGAAACAACUUCUGCUGAAAGAACAGGAGCAGCGGCUGAUCGAGCAAAGUCAGACUACCUUUGACACUUUCUUCGCACUGGUGCUGAUUCUGAAUGCCGUGAAGCUUGGAGUGGAUAAUGAGCUGCGGCCACCGGACCUGCGUGAUCUGAGUUCGAAGAGCUUUGCGAGCCCCGCCAUGGCGUGGUUCACCUUGGAAAGCAUCUUUGUGUUGACCUUCACUGCAGAGCUUUUCCUACGUGCAAUCUUCAAGUAUCAAGUCGAGGUCUUUGGCGAACAUGAGCUCAUCUUUCUGGUGGUUCCCAAGAUUGUGACCACAAUGACACUGGCUCAACUGUGCAAUGUCUUCCUCCAUUCCAAGAACCUUCUUUUGGACAAGAUGUUUCUCUUCGACAUUGUCACUGUUGUGGUGUCCUGUAUCGACAACUUCGUCCUGCGCUUCAUGGGGAGUGGCGACAACCCCGCGCUGCGCCUAGUGGGUUUGAUCCGCUUGGUGCGGCUGAUCCGGCUGCUGCAUUUGGUGAAGGACCUGGCACGCAUGGUGAAAGGCUUCGUGGGGAACUUUCGUUUGAUCAUCCGAUCUGUAUCCAUCAUGACGUUGUUCAUCUAUGCCUCCUCCGUGCUAAUGGUUGAUUUCGUGGGCCACAAUGAAGAGACCCAAAGUGAUGCCAUAGUUCAGGAGGCCUGGGGUCACAUCCCGGAUUGCAUGAUCACCCUCUUCACCAUGACCACAUUGAGCGACUGGUCGGAGCAAGUGCGGCACGUGGCCGUCUAUCCAUCGCUGGAGACCGUGAUGCCGGUCUUCACCAUCCUCUUCUUGGCCAUCUGCAGCCUAGGAAUUCUGAACUUGGUCACUGGAGUCAUGGUGCAGACAGCCUUUGCUUUGCUCAAGGAGGAAGGCACUGAGAGACUGGAGUCCCGGCUUCGCACAGCGCGGAAAGCCAUCCACCAGGUGAUGGACGAGUGCUUCACCGAGAUGGAGCUCCACUUAAGCGCGGAGCAAGAGAAGGUGAAGGAGCGGGUGAAUCAGAUUCGUCUCAAACACGACGAUGUCUUGCACGGCCGAGCAAAGCAGCGAGCCUUGCUUCGUGCGAACGGAGGGACUUUGGAUUCCUUGGACAGUGAUGCCACGGCCAUGUUACAGUCGAUGCCCGAGAGAGUUGGUGGUGAAGCACCAACGACGCCAGAGAAAACCCAACUUCCAGAAGAGGCUUCCUGGUCGGCGUCUGCCUUUGAUGAUGACAACUUUGCAGAGGUGACGCGAUGCGUUUGGGUGUCUGACUGUGAAGUUGCCGUGGAUGCACUGCUGACGCUGAAUCCCAGCAUGUCUCCGGAAGCGCAGAAUGAUCCUUGGCAGAGCCAGCUGAUGUGGGACGGUGGUGGAAAGGCGUGGCCUUGCUAUGUCAUCGAGCAGGAGCCUCCCAGCAAGGACGACCAGGAUGAGGAUGAUGGUCACGGUGAGGCUGCGCGACGAAGCAGGACCAUUCUGAGAACCAUGAUCUUCAGACCUGUGGCUCUUUCCAAGGUCUUCCACUUCAGGUAUGGCGGCAACUUCACAUUUGUUCAAGUACGUUCGGGCAGCGUGCCCAACAUGAAGUUCAAGAAGGAGAGCGAACUGGAGGACCUAACUCAAGUGGAUCGGAAUUUGAUCACCAUCCGUGAGUUGAACUACCUGCUGUCAGAUCGGAUGUUUGCUCGCAGUUUGGACUUGAUCGACUUGCGGCCGGAUCAAGCCUUGAUGGUGUAUCAAAAGCUAAAUCUGACCAACACAGAGAGGGUCAAGGUUCACGACUUCAUUGAGGCCAUCAUGAGGAUGAAGCGUCCAGUGCAGGGCCUGGAUGUGGCGGUGGCCAAAAGCCUUAUGCGGCGCUUGAUCCUGGAGGUUGAAGAUCUUGCCACCAACAGCGUGAGGUGUCAGGACUGUUUCCGAGGGAUUGCCGAAAAGUUGCGGGAGGUAGAAGUGGUGGAUGCGGCAGAAGCAGAUGCUCAGGUGGCCACCACCGAGUCGCGCAUCUCCCGGAUCUCCGCGAUGUCCGUGGUGCCCUCCGCCAAGGGCACGCCGUCGCCGCCGCCGCCCUCGCAGCCGCCCACGCCGUUGACGCCCACCACGCCGCUGCCGCGGACGCCGCUGCCGGGGGCUGCACCGGCUCUGGAGCUAUCGCCCAAGGAGAGGUCCCGGCAACGGGCGCAGACAUAUUAUGAUGAUUUGCUCAGAAGGAACAGGGCACUCGAAGUGAAAAUUGCUUCGAUCAAGGCCUUUGUGCAGCACGCCCGUGCGGAGGCAGAAAGAGAGGAGUCCGCGGAAGGCCUGGCUGCAUCCGUGGACCUUGGUGAUCCCACAGCCAAACGCCGAACUUCCUUGAGAGAAAGGAACUCCAACCACGAGGUCCCUCGUCCUCGCUCAUGCAGCCCUGGUUGGGACUGA